GCGGCCCGCCCCCGCCCCAAGAUGGCGGCGCGGCGCGGGGCGAUGGCGGCGGAGGGGCCGAGCAGCCUCCUGGCGCUGAGCGCCGCGGCCGUGAGCCGCAGCAUGGCGGCCCUGGAGCCCGACGUCUGGGCGCUGCCCGGGCACCUCCUGAGGGGGCUCCUGCCGCUGCUCUCCGUCUUCCGUCUGGAGAGAGCCGAGGCCGCCGCGCGGAGAGCAGGGCUCUCCACGCAGCCUGUCUGGCGCAAGCUGUGGGAUGACGUGAUGAAAACCAGGCCCCCCAACUCGGAGAAUAUAACCUGCUGGAGGAAGAAGUUCCUUGAAACAUUCUUCUCAAACGUCCUUCAUGGUGUCUUGGAUGUUUCCUCUGACUGGCGUCUCAACGACCAUCAUUUUUCACCGCUGCUCCACAGUUCACCACACGUUAUGCAGCUUACUCUGUGCAACAUGCUGCAGGGCGCCGUGGAGCUCACUGCUGAGCACAACCAAAAAGUGCUCGAGAAUCUGGCCAGCUCCCUGCGGAUCCUGAAGUUCCAGCACCUCCUCUCCUCAGACCAGUCCAUCAGGCGUUCGCUGGUUUUGCUUCUUCACCGGCUGAUUCACCACGGCUCGGUCAGCCAGGUGUCCAUGUAUUCCUGGCCUGUUCCUGAUACAGUUCUUCUCGUUCUCAUUUUGAGCAUGAGUGCUGGGUUUUGGCGGUCAGGAAAUGCUCUUGCGUAUCACAGCAGCCCAUGUGGCCUUUGCAGAGAGGAGGGCAAUACCCAAAGCCAAGAGUCAACACAAGAGCAACCAGAGAGGGAGUGGAGCGAUGGGGAGAACCUGAAGGGAUCCUGCAGGGCUCUGAAGGAGGCUGAUAUGCAGGUGGAGGUGAACGGAUGGGGGGCUGGCCCUGGCCAGAACUCUGGCCUCUCCGGACUGAGCUUUCCUCUGCAAAACCAAGCAUAUGAGGAGGUAAGCAGCAAGGUGUCCUGUGACCAUACCAGCAUUCAAGGAGGGUCUUCUCCCCCUUGCUGCUCAGAACAGCUGUCCUGUCGCCCGGUUCUUCGAAAGUCACGCAGACGGCUGAAAUCUGCAGUAGGGAAGAAACGCCGCUGUCUCAGACGCAGCAGAGGACUGUGUGCUGACCCGGAUGACCUGUAUGAUUUUGUUUUUACUGUUGCUAGAGAAGACAAUUCAGUACUGCUUGACAAAAAUAGCAUCACAGAGGGAGAAAACACUGGUAAUUGGACUAGUUCCUCCACUGGAUCUCCGUGCUCUGGUAAUGCUGGCUGUAAGAAAAGAGGAGGAUCUGCUGGGAUCUUUUCUCUGAAAGCUGCUCACCGCUUCCGAAGUGUGUCCACGCUUGAAUUGUUCUCCAUUCCUUUGACUGGGGACACGUGUCGGACUCUGAGUAAACUGCUAAGCUCCUGGGUGUCUUUAGAAAACCUGGUUCUGUCUUACAACGGCCUGGGUGCGAACAUCUUCUGCAUCCUCUCGGGGCUCCGGGCCCUCUCCCGACACCCGGACUGCCACCUCCACGUGGUGCGCGUGAGCGACGUCUUCUCCCACAUGCCCUGCAUGGAGCUUGUUCGCUGCAUCCUGAGCGCCUUUCCCCAGCUCCACACGCUCUCGGUCAGCUUCGACCUCAAAAACCAGCUGGAGGGGAACAGGCCAGAGGGGAAUCCAAGCUGCAGUGAUGCAGAAAUCCCAGAGAGCUGCCUGGAGCAGCUGGAGAUCCGAUUCCCCAGGGAACCUCUGCACACCAUGUUCCUGCUGCCAGUGCUUAAGGCAUCAAAGUCCCUCCAGCAGUUGUCCCUUGACAGCGCCGCACUGCCCUCUUCCCAGGAGCUUGGGCUCCUUUUGCAGGCACUUAAAGAGUGCAAUCCAAGCUUGAAGAAGCUGAGCUUUCAUGAUGUGAACCUGGCUGACCACCAGAAAGAAGUUCUGCUUUUGCUUCAGGAUCCCAUCUUGCAAGAAAUCACAUUCUCUUUCUGCCGGCUGUUUGAAAGCUGCACUACUGAGUUUCUGACGGAAAUAAUCAAUACAGUGAAGAGAAAUUCAUCUUUGAAGAGCCUCAGACUGCCUGGGAAUCGCCUUGGGAAUCACAGGCUUGUUGCCCUGGCAGACAUUUUCUCUGAAGAUUCCUCCUCUUCUCUUUGCCAGCUGGAUGUCAGCUCAAACUGCAUUAAACCUGACGGGCUCCUGGAAUUCACCAAGAAGCUAGAAGGCCACAUCCAGCAGAGAGGGGGACAGAUUCAAUUCACCCACCUCCGCCUCUUUCAAAAUUGGCUGGACCAGGAUGCUGAGACAGCUCAAGAAGCACUUCGGCGUCUCAAAGCAUUGUGCAGCGUGGUCAAUGACUCGUGGGACUCUUCCCAGGCCUUUGCUGACUACAUCAGUGUCAUGUGAUGGACACAGGAGGAGAAGACAGAUCAGCUUGAACUUGAUCAGUUCUGUUCAUGGCCAGUAAGAUUUAUCUCAACGCAGGUCGGGUUUUCUUUCCAUGGUUCAACCAGGGUGCAGUUGUCUUAUCGCUUUUCUGUUCCUUUGAAGAAGAGCUGCCACAGUGAAGUGAUAUAGGUGGCCAUUUGUGUCAACAGCUGUAGUUCCAGUUUGUCUGUCAUCUCCAGUUGUAGACUUUAAGUGGGAUAGAUACAUCAGCUAAGCUUCUGUGACAUGCUGCAGAUCUCUGGACGAGCAGUUAUUUAUUUCACUGGAGUUUUUGUACAAAUUUCAUGUUGGUUCAGCCAGUAUCAUUAAUAAAUAUCUCAGUCCUUCAAAACACUCAGAAGCUAUCUGGACAUGGACCCUGACAACUCGAUCUAAGUUACCCUGCUUUUGAGCAUGGCAGUUGGACAGAAUGACAGAGGUCCCUUCCAACCUCAGCCACUCUGUGAUUCCUGAAAUAAGAACUCCUCCCUCCACUUAAAAUGAGUAAUAAAAAAGCUAAAUAAAGCUCCCACAUUUGAGCUUCUGUUUGGAAAAUUUUACUUCGUAAGAAAAUGAAACAGCAGGCUGCUUUGUAUAUAAUUAUUUGCAAUUGUUUAUCAAGGUGUCUGGGAAAAGAAUUCUUGCCUCUAGCCCAUAUCUGCGCUCAUUUUUCAGAAGUUUUGAAUAGUUUGUUUUGUAACAUUUUUAUAAUAAAAUAGAAUUAAGACCC